AUGCUUAUUAUUUUAAUGGAGAAUUUCUGCAGUGUCACAUUUGUUAGUAAGUUGUAUCUACUUCUAUUUCUACCCAGAGAACUACUGGCGCAAAACCCAGGAUUUCAGGCCAGAAUUACAGAAAAGGCAUUGGCAUACGCUGCAAAUGAAGCUAUUAAUGCUCUGUCUGGAAAAGUGACAGGUAUGAAAAUACCAGAUCAGUCUGGAGAAGCAAGUCAUAUACAGUAUCAGAUGACAGGCAUGACUAUCACAAGUUUUACUAAACCAUCUGGUGGUAUAACUCCUGUUCCAAAUCAAGGUUUAAAAUGGAGUGUAACUGGUGCUGGUGUAGCAAUGAAAGGUAACUGGCGAUACAAGUACAAAAAAGGAUGGAUUAAAAUAUCUGAUCAUGGUAGUUUUGAUGCUUCUGCCAAUGGAAUCUCUUUUUCUCUUAUAAUGAAUAUUGGAAAAGAUUCUAACGGUCGACCACAUUUAACAGCAACAGGAGGCAGUUGUAGUAUCGGCGGAGUACAUAUCAAGUUUCAUGGUGGAGCAUCUUGGAUUUAUAAUCUCUUCUCAGGUACCAUAGAACGAAAGAUCAAAGGAAUCCUACAAGCAAAGCUGAUACAAAUUGUGAAAGAGGCAGUUAAUGUUGAUGGAGAAAAUGAUUUACAAAAAUUACCAGUGACUGUUGUUUUAGCUAAGAAGUUUUUAUUAGAUUACAGCUUGAUAUCUACUCCAACAUUUACAAGUACAUAUAUGGAAACACAUCAUAAGGGUGAGAUCUUUUGGAAUGGAGAUAAAACAGAAGCGCCAUUUCAACCAGAACCAAUACCAGAAAAUAAAGAUACAUCCAAGAUGGUGUACCUAUGGUUGUCUGAUUAUAUGGCUAAUUCUAUGGGUUAUACAGCCCUUAAACAUGGAUACCUUAAAUAUAAUUUUUCAUCUCAAGACUUACCACCAGCAAAUCGAUCAAUAUUAAAUACAACCUGUACAGGAUUGAAAUGUAUAGGUAUAAUCAUACCACAGAUUGGUAAAAAGUAUCCGAAUUGUCAACUAAAGUUAAAUAUGAUUGAAACAAAAGCACCAGUAUUAUCAAUAGGGGAUGGUUCAUUGAAAGUAAAUGGUUCAGGAAUUGUUAAUAUUUAUGUCCAGAAAAAAGGCAAAGCCGAUAUCUUUGUUCUUACUUUGAAUGUGACACUAGGAUUUACUGCACAAGCUUCAUUAAAAGGUCAACUUCUUUAUGCUAAAAUAUCUAACCCAUUAUUGAAACUUGAAGUCUUUAAAUCGAAUAUUGGAAACGUCAGUGGAUCAGCUAUACAAACAAUGAUGCAGUUGGCUAUUGAUAUGGUCGUUUUUCCACAGCUAAAUGCACAGGGAAGCAAAGGUCUGGUAUUACCCCUAACUGAUGAUAUACAAUUAUCUAAUUCUCAACUUAUCAUACAGAAACAUUCCUUGAUGAUAGCUACUGAUCUGAUUUAUAAACCCAAGAUACAAACAGACCAUGAUGCCAUUAAUCAUCCCAACAUACAGUACAAGAAACCAAUAUUUCAAGUUGUUCAACAUAAUAUGAAUAUGCCAAAACCUUUGUAAAGAAUGAGAGCUGUAUAAUAUACUUUGUGGUCUGCUUGAAGACUAAAGGGAUGUAACUCUAUUUUGAAAUGAUUUAUUUAUGUAAAACCUUUAAGACAUUUAAGAUGUAUUUUAAUUUAAUGAAAUUCAGCAUAACCAUUUUUAUUCAGAAUUUUAUUUAAGUAAAUGGCUAACUCUAUUUUAUAGUGAAUAUUAAUAGAUUUUAAAUAUUCUGUUUCAUCUUCAAAUGUAUUCUACAAAAUAACACCAUAAAAAUCACAUAUAGAAUACUGGUUUUACUACCGGUAUUUGUAUAUAUUCUACUAAAUAUUUGUUCAAUUAAUAUCAACCUACAGUUUUUAUGGAUACUGAAUAACUGGAUUUAUUAAUAUGCAGCAUUUUGAGAAUGAUACUCUCAUGAUAAAGUCUCAUCUUUAUCAAGCAUUCUAGCUAAACUGUACCUUGUGUUAAUAUGUGCCUAACUGCCUAUCAAAGAAGUUGAUAUGUUUUAUAAUUGUUAUAUGCUUUUUGCAUUAAAAAUGAAUGAUAAUUAUCAAUAUUUAUAUAAUUCAAUUACACAUACUUAUAUAAAUUUAUGGCUAAUUAAAACAGAAGUACAAAUAUUCUGUUGAACUCAUUCUAUCAUGACUUAAAGAAAAGUCAAAACAAUUUGAUAUGACAACUUACAGGUGUUUUUUUUUUAUUGUAAGCUGAAAAAGCCAACUUUUAGCCAGUUUGAUUAAGCUAUGUACAUUAAAAUGAAAUAACAAUAGUUAUCUAUAAAGUAGCCUAUUUUUUAAAACUAAUUCAUUCAUGCAACUAGGAACUUGCUAAAUGCUUUGAUUUAUCAGAAGAUCAUUUAUAAUCUGCCAAGGAUCAGAUGAAAUUGGACCUAAUAUAAUCUAAGUUCGCCAAAACCUUUUUUGUCUAUAUUAUUGUAGAAAGAUUGGCCAAUCUUUCAUAGAACACAACUUGUGGGCAGACUAUGCAUUUUUUGUAAGUAAGGUAUGUAUUUUUAUGGUACAGGUUUACUAGUCUAUAUGCAAAACCAAUAUGGUAUCAGUAUUUUUAUUGCACAGCUGAACUAUAUACAAAAUGAUCAUUGUAUUUUUUAAAAUUUAUAUAUAUGCUUUGUUUAUGAUGUCUUUCUUUUUUAAAACAUUUACAAUAAAUAUUAUAGGCCUACUUAA